AUGGAAGAAUGCAAAAAAACAGUCACAAUACCAUAUAAAAACGGUACAUCAGAGGCAAUUCAAAGAAACCUCAAAAAUAUCGGCAUUCACACAACUUUUAAACCGACAAAUCUAAUCAAAAAUAAAAUAAAUCAACUGAAAGAUCCCAUAAAAAUGAUGGAUAAAAACAACUUGAUUUACAAAAUAUCUUGUGCUGACUGUCCGACUAAAUAUGUGGGGCAAACGUCCAGAUCACUCAAAAUAAGAGUGAAUGA